ACAUAUUCCAAACUCCUCAAUUUAAGUGUUUCAACUUCUUCAAUCUUUGCAACUAACUCUCUUCCAUCCCAUUCCUUUUCUCUUCUCUUCUCUAUCCCCUUUUCACACUUUCUCUCUCUUAAUGACUUAAACACCACCAUGAACUUUCUCCGGCGACUCUUCGGCGGUAAAAAACACCGCAAUCAACCACAAGAAUCCACCAAAACCACCGCAAAAAAAGACAAAAGAAGCUGGAGUUUCGCAAAGAACAACACAAGAGACAAAACAAACUCACACACAUUACAUAACAACAAAAAUUCUUCUGACCCUUCUUCUUCUCCUUUCGCCGGAAAUUACGAUGCCAAUAAACAUGCCAUUGCUGUUGCUGCUGCUACUGCUGCCGUUGCUGAGGCCGCACUUGCUGCUGCUCAUGCUGCUGCUGAGGUUGUUAGAUUGACUAGUAACACCGGAGCUGGAAAAAAUGCAACUCCGGUGCUUCACCGGAGAUGGUUGCAAGAGGAAAUUGAUGCUGCCGGGAAGAUACAGUCGGCGUUCCGAGGUUACUUGGCAAGGAGGGCAUUAAGAGCACUUAAAGCAUUGGUGAAGUUGCAAGCAUUGGUGAGAGGUCACAUUGUAAGAAAACAAACAGCUGAUAUGCUAAGACGCAUGCAAACAUUGGUGCGACUUCAGUCUCGAGCACGUGCAAGUCGAGUGCCCAUUUCCGAUAACAAUACGCACUCUUUCAAGUCUCCACUUUCUUAUUAUCCUGUCCCUGAUGAUUAUGAUCACCCACUUCGUGUCUAUAGUACAAAAUUUGACGGAUCUUCCAUCCUCAAGAGAUGUAGUUCCAAUGCAAAUUUUAGAGACAUGAACUUAGAACGAGCCCGGUUUGGUUCGAAUUGGUUAGACGGUUGGAUGGAAGAAAACUCAUGGAACCAAACCGGCGACGCUUCAUUGAAAAAAGUACAAUUUGAUGAUGAAAAGAGUGACAAAAUUCUUGAAGUAGAUACAUGGAAGCCAAAUUUGAACUCACAUCAUAGUACUAGCACAUCUUUUCAGCAUCAUUAUUCAUCUUGUGAUUACAAUAGUGAGAAUUUUAUGGUACACGAGUCACCGUCGAAACGUUUGUCUAAACCUCACAAUCCAAGUCUUUCUUCUAUGAAACAUCAUAAAGGAAAAGAAGAAGUAGCUUCUUCACGAACAGCCGAGAAUAGUCCGCAGGCAUUUUCGGCUUCGUCGAGAAUUGAAAGUGUUUCAAGGAGAGGUCCUUUUACACCUACUAAAAGUGAGUGCUCAUGGGGUGUUUUUAGUGGUUACUCUGGCUAUCCUAGUUACAUGGCAAAUACUCAAUCUUCUAGGGCUAAGGUUAGGUCACAAAGUGCUCCAAGACAAAGGCUAGAGUUUGAGAGAUGUGGUUCAACUACUAGGUCUAUUCAAGGUCUUUGGGAAUCAGGGUCUAAUUCAGAUAAGGAUUUUGAUUUUAAGAGCAAGGUUUAUCCAACCACAAGUAGCUUGAACGGAAUUGGGAGUACAAAUUUAAGGUGACAUUGCAAGUUUUAAAAAUUAAAUAUAUUUUUAGUCCUUAUAACUAUAUCAACUAUUUUUUUAGUUCUUUUAUUCACUUUUCGAUCCCUACAAAUUAUAGAACUAUCUAUAUUUGUUCAGGAACUAAAACCUAAAGUUUCAUAAUUGUAUGGAUUAAAAAGUGAGUAUAGGACCCGAAAACAAAAAAAAUGUUAUUUUUAUAGGACUAAAAAUAUAUUUAACCCUAGAAAAAGGAACUUGAUUUGAAGAGACAUUGUUUUGUUGUGGUUUUUUUUUCUUUCUUGUGUGUAUUAAAGUAGUUUUAGGAUGUAAGUAUUUGACAUGUACUCAAAUAGUGUUUGUCUUUACAUUAUCAAAGGCCCCAUGGUUGACUCAUGAUUUUGUUUGACUUAGCUUUGUUAUGUUGAAAUAUUAUAACUUGUUUUGAGUAUUUUCA